GGCUUUGGUGUGCCCAGCCCCUGGCUGCAGGUAGGUGGGGAGGUGCUUGAGGCGGAGCACAGCUCACCUGGGUGAGGUGCAGCAGCAGCUGGCAGUCAGAGGACGUUGUCAGCAUGGCAAACUUCAAGGGCCAUGCACUUCCUGGCAGUUUCUUCCUGGUCUUUGGGCUCUGGUGGUCUGUGAAAUACCCACUGAGGUACCUCAGCCAGAAAGCAAGCAAAAAGUCCAAAAAUAAUUACUGCUUCCAGCGAGUGGAUGCCAUUGAAGGAGGAGUUAAAAUCACCUUUGCUCUAAUAGGGAUGCUGGCAGAACAGUUCGUCCCCGAUGGGCCCCAUUUGUACCUCUACAGUGGGGAGAAACGUGACUGGGUGAAGCUGAUGAACUGGCAGCACACCACCAUGUACCUCUUCUACGGCCUCUCCGGGGUGGUGGACAUCUUCACCUACGUCUGCAGCACGGUGCCGCGGGGUCUGGACCGCCUGAUGCUGUCCGUGGCUGUGUUUGUCGAAGGUUGUCUCUUUUAUUACCACGUCCUUCACCGCCCCAUGCUGGAUCAACACAUCCACUCCCUGCUGCUCAUCGCCAUAUUUUCGGGGGCCUGCAGCACCAUGCUGGAGGUCUUCCUCAGGGACAACAUCGUGCUGGAGAUGUUCAGAGCUGGUGUCACCAUCGUCCAGGGAACGUGGUUCUGGCAGGUCGGGGUCGUGCUGUUCCAGCCAUGGGGAGGUCCCAUGUGGGAUGAAAGCGACCACAGCAACAUCAUGUUCCUCACCAUGUGCUUCUUCUGGCACUGGGCGGCCGCAGUGGUCAUCCUGGCUGUGAACUACAGCAUUGCUUACAGCUGCAUGCAGCGGUGUGGGAGAAGCAGUGGAGAGCCCUACAUCAGCCUGGGGGUCCGGAAGCAGAAGGGUGAUAUGGGCUCCCAGGCUGCAUUCCUGAAUGGAUCGGAUGAAGAGUGAGGAGAAUGCAACCUCCUCCUGCAAAUUGGAGAAGAAUCAGCUUUCCAGAAGAAAAAAAUACACAACAAAACCUAACAAAAUGUCUGGGGAGAGCAGAGAGGGGCUGCCCUUGUGCUGCUUGGAAUCCUAUUGUGUGCAUGGUGGUCUCUGCCCUCUCUUGUACCCUGAUACACCAGCUCUGACACAAGCACUGAUUGCAGUGAUUUUAGCAACAAAAUGAAGCACAGAAAUUGACUGUUAAGAUAGAUCCAUAGGGAUGGCAUCCUUUGGCCUUCCCAACUCCCCCACUGGCCCAACCUGCUAUGUUGCAAGGCAGGAAAGCUCCAUGCUGGGGUCAGGUCCUCCAGCACCCCCACACCACAGCAUCAUCCCAAGGAGGGAAUCGAAGGAGUGAUAUGAAAUUACAUCAGAUUUGCCACACCACAGCUUCGUCGUACACAGCAGGAAUUUUAUUGCCAAAGCUGUGAACUGAAGACAUUUUAAAAACAGUUUUCUAUUCACUAAAAAUUCUUAAAGAGGGAAUAAAUAUGAAGCAAAAAUCCUUUCA